UCGGAAGUCGAUCCAGUCCGGGUCCAUCUUCACCUUAAGGGUCCGCACCUUGGACAGGAAUAUCGUUCCCUCUCCAGAAGUCUUCGCAGUAGAAGCGAGUGCAGACAUUCCGUAUAAAGGAGAAUGAAGGGAACGCGCCUCUUGGAGGUCCUCUUCCUCCUGGUCCUGUUCUCCACCGCCGUGGUCUUGUCUCUACCGAUCGGCAAUCCCGAGGCCGCCAUCGAGAGCAUGAGACAGAUCCCACAGUGGCAUUGCCUUCGUUACAGGAAAUUCGACUUGGUUCGCAGAUGCAGGAACUAUCGCAUAGGAAGGAAGCACUAACUUCUGCGAGAUCGAUGAACAUUCUGGC